AAAAUCGAACGACGUUGUCGUUAUCUUUUCGUUAGCGUUGGUUAGCGGGAGUGCAAUUAUGUCGAAGUGUUCGGCUGUCGGUUGUGGCCGUAGAGUUGCUCGUAACUCCAAAUCAUUAAAUCACUCUUUUUAUCGUUUUCCGAGAGAAAAAGAGAGAUGUACAAAGUGGAUCGAAAAUAGUGGAAGACAUGAUCUACUACAGAAGUCAAUUGAUUAUAUCUACAGUAAUCACAGGAUCUGCUCAGAUCAUUUUGAGAGGUCUCAGUUGCUGUGUACAGGCAGAUUAGUGUGGAAUGCUAUUCCAACUAAAUUUGGCUCCACGAAUCCACCACAUCCGAUACUUUUCAAACGUAUAGUGCCAGUACCGAUAUUACUGAAAAAAGGAAAUAACCAAACAAGUGGUGCGACAAGAGCAGAGGUAGAACACAGCUAUGCAAGACAUAACAACAUAGGUCACUCCAGCACAAACGGUCCUGUCACACCUGUUCAGGUGACAAGAAAUGUUAACGUUGCAGAAAAGGUUGCAGAAUCAGGUACAGAGCCGAGUACUCAACGUGCACCAGAUGUGUAUGCGAAGUACAAGAUAGAUAUGGCGUUUCACAACUAUGCAAAGUAUUAUUCAAACGGAACUGAGCCAGACGUACAGUCUUACCAACACUCUAUUCCUUGUACACGCCCUGAAGUUAGAGACAAGAGCACGCAAAAGGGCGAAAUUUCCAAAAAUAGUAAGAAAAAAAGUGAGUCAGCAAAAAGAGUAGAGUUGUACAGACUGAGGUGUAAAGUAAAGAAGUUACAGUCACGUGUGAACCAUUUCAACGAAUGCACUUUAAGUACAACCGAAAAAAUUAUUGCAAGUGCUAAGGAGUAUCUCAAUGAAACAUCGCUGCAGUUUUUUGCAUGCCAAUUGAGAAUGUCAAGUAGAAGAGGCAAAGGGAGGCGAUACACAGAUGAGGAUAUGAAAUUGGCCUUUGACCUAUACAAGCAAAAUUCCAAGGCGUACAGAUUUUGUAAGAAAAUUUUUACGCUGCCAAUUGCGUCAUCAUUGAGAAGAUGGGUGAAAAAGAUGAAUGCAGAGGCGGAUCCUAAUACCCCACGUUUGGAAUUACCUAUGAGAAAGAGCGCGAAGAAGAAGAAGCCCGGAAAAAGAGGUCGCCCUAAGAAGGUGAAGCAAAAAUCAGGACCUGAUGAGACACCAUCAGGAUUAUUGCAGGAAAAAGGCACGACCAAGCCUCAAAGGAAAGUUGGCCCCAAGAAAAAGAAGCAACAAUCUAGUUUGAACAAUGUUCCACCAAGUAACCCUUCUGACAAUAUUCUGGUACGUAACACUUCAACCAAUAUUCCUUGUGACUCGAUUGUUUCAAACAAUACAUCUAGUUCUAACACCACAAUUCCUGUAGUAAUUAUGGGAAAUGGCAUGACUGAGGCCGAAACAAGUGUACUGUGUCUUUCAACAUUUAAUGGAAUGAUUAUAUGAGUGAAAACUUGUCUACUCAAGCCCUCAUGUUUAUUAAUGGUCAAAAAGCUCUCAUGUGGGUGGACACCUGACAAUACUCAAACACUGGAGUGUGUUUAUUUCAAAGUCAAAAAUUAAAACUUAUCAAAAGUGUUUUUUCAUUAGUAUUUCAACUUUUUUCAUUUAGUAAGAAAGAUAACAGACAAAAUUGACCAGCAUAUGGACCAGUGGUUUUCAAACUGGGCCAAUUCCCAAAACAAAUGUACAUCCAGGCAGUGUGCCAUGACCCAGUUCCCAGGACAUUUAAAUACAGAUAAAAUUUUAAAGUCAGGCUCCGGAGGAAAAAAAUUGUUUGAUAUGUUGUAGAACUGAUUUUUCUAAGACAGAAAAAAGUUGUUGGACGAAAACUGGGGAACGG